AUGGCUUCAAAUCUUCUAUUAUCUUCAGUCUUAUUAAUUGUACUGCUAGCAACAUCCGCGUUGUUUGCUUGUUCAACGUAUGUACAAGUACUGGAGCCUUCAAAGCUACAUGAUAAUAAGGCGUUUCGAGUUAAGCUUGAGUACGUUAAAUAUUCAGGCAAGAACUUGAGCAGGUUGGAGCGACUAGAAAACUGGAUUAAGCCCAGACAACAUAGCAGCUUACAAAAGAUUAAUGGAAAUUUAAACAAAAUUUCUAGUCCAAUUAGACCCGGAGAUGACAUCGGGGAGCUCUUCAUGGAGCUAUCAAUUGGCACUCCACCGAAGACUCACUCCAUGAUUAUGGACACAGGGAGUGAUUUUAUAUGGAUCGGAUGCGACCCUGAUCACGUUAACUCUGUUAAUAAAAAAAAAGCUACUAUUUUUUAUCCGGAAGAUUCAUUGAGCUACUCGGAGUUGCCAUGCUCCAGUGGAUUAUGUAAAGCACUUCCACAUACAAUAUGUGGCUCGGAAAACUGCGAGUAUCACUACAGAUAUCGUGGUGAUUCUUCCACACGCGGAAUUCUGGCUCGCGAGAGCUUAACAUUUGGUGAGUUUACUAUUCCAAAUAUUGCGUUUGGUUGUGGAAUGAACAACACAGGAGACUCGAUCGAACCAGGAAGCGGCAUCGUCGGCCUCGGUCGAGGACCAUUAUCUCUUAUUUUGCAGCUUAAGGAGACUAAAUUUGGUUAUUGCUUGCCAUCUAUGGCGGACACCAAGAGUCGUGGUGCACUUUUGAUCGGCGAACUAGAAAGCUUGAAUAUUGAAAAUCUUAGUGGAGUGAGAACAACACCUUUGAUCACAAACCAAUUCGAACCAUCUCAUUACCAUCUUUCACUCGAAGGAAUCUCAAUUGGUAAGACUAAAUUACCCAUCGAGAAAUCGGCUUUUGAACUUAACAGAAAGGAUGGCACUGGGGGCUUGGUUAUAGACUCAGGCACGCCGAUAACACGUUUAGAAGAGAGUGCUUAUGAUUUGGUAAAAGAGGAGUUGAUGAAACAAAUUAAACUCCCUGUCGACGAGUCCGAAUCGUCCGAGCUCGAGCUCGAUCUCUGCUUCAAGUUACACCAAGGAUGGCAUGAAGUGAAAGUGCCGGAGAUUAGAUUUCAUUUUGAUGGAGCAGAUUUGGAUUUGGGAAAAGAUAAUUAUAUGAUUGAAGAUAAGGAUCAAGGACUUAUGUGCUUGGCCAUGCUUGCUUCACCCCUGUUUGUAUCUAUACUUGGCGCUGCUCAGCAGCAAAACUUGUUGGUGAUCCACAAUCUUGAGAAGGAGACAUUGUCAUUUGUUCCCACACAAUGUGAUCAGUUGUGA